AUGGCACAAUCAAAGGUUCCUACCAAGAUUCCGGCACUAAGGAAUGUACCUUAUGAGCCUUACACUCCACAUUGUUCUGAGAGUCGGCUGGCUGCUUACCUUGGUUUGAAUGACACAUCAGACCUGAGGCAUUUUGCCUUCUCGUGGCCAUUUCUAAAGUGGAUGCCUCAUAUCCAUCCCCUUUGGAAAAGUUUACAGAGGUUCAAGAUCAUUCAGAUUCUCGAUCGCAACAUGGCAGAGCUCAAAGCCGUCCAUAAUGCAUCUGCAGAAUAUGCCGCAGUAUCUACGGAUACAGAUACGCAAAAAGCAAUGAAGAAAAGGCUGAGAAUUGCACAUCAGGUUAUGAAGCUCCGAGACGAUCUCAUUGAGUACGAGACACUUUCCGACCAAGAAAAUCGUCAUCGUACAGAGCUUUAUAUAAAAGAAUUUCUCAACACAUUAUCUCUGGAAAAUCUCGCCUUUGUGGGGACUACACAUCUUAGACUUCUGAAACCGUACCUGGGACCGUUCCCCGGUGAAAAUGUCCUCAAGCGGUCAUCCCAGACACAUUAG